UAUUUUAAUUUAAAGGCUAAAGCUUUAUUGCUUUAUUUUACUUCAUCUGUGAUGCCAAGUCGUAGUCUCCAUGGCAACGACUUUUAUAAACACAAGACUGUUUUUCAAAUAAAUAAAAGGUUAAUGAGAAAUAAUUUGUAAGUAUAAAUAUGUUCAGAGGAGAAAAUUCUCAUUCUUUAAGUUAUGAGCAGCAAGCGAAAUUUAUUCAAGACCGCAUUACUAGCGUUGAAAAGAAUUUUGGAGAUUUAUGUGUCGCGUUUGGAGAUUACGCAAGGAAGACGGCUAGAGUACGAGACAUGGGAGACGAACUGGCCAAAGUAAUAAAAGAUUAUGCUAACAAUGAGAUUGUUAACAAGUCUUUAAGUUCAGGUUUAGAUAACUUAUCUAUUACUCUUACGGCGAUCGAAGAAUAUCGGAAUUGUGAAGUCCAACGUUUAGAAGCAAAGGUAAUCGGUGAGCUAUGUCAAUAUGAAGCAAUCUGCAAACAUGCUAGAGAGGAACUAAAGCACACAAUGAACGUUAGAGAAAAGGAAAUGGCGCGGAAGAAAGUCCUGGACAAAGCCAGGGAAAGACAACCAUUUAAUCGACAGCAAGUAACGUACGCAGAAUCGGAACUAAUAAAAGCGUCGGCUGAAAUGUCUCGUACAGCAAAAGGUUUGAGUGAGCAGACGGAAUUCUUCGAACGACGUAAACUUCAGCAACUUAAAUCUCUUCUAUCCAACUUCGUUAUGAUAGAAAUGACUUUCCACACGAAAGCUGUAGAGCUAUUAACAGUGGCUUAUCAACAGAUUGCUGAUGUUAACGACAUAGCUGAUUUAGAGAAUUUCAAGAGAAAACUAAGAUCUCCCGAAAAACAAGUGAGUACCGGAAUAUCAGCGAGAUCUUUAUCACUGGCAACACUGAUGUACCCACAAUCACCGGUGAAAGACGACGGUGACACGGCGAGCUUGGGGAAACUAAGUUCGCCAGAUAAGGGCGCCGCAGUUGGAAAGCAACGAUCCGGGUCCCUUGCUGCUUUGAUGAAUCAGUCUUCAUCAAAAGACGAAGAAUCGACGGACUCGGAAUCAGAUGAAGAGGAAUCAUCGGAAGAAACUGAAUCGCGUUAGCUAAUUGUCGAACAACAAUUUCUUCUAUUAUAUUGAAAUUUUGUAACGUAAGAAUUAAUUGUAUAUUAAAUAAAAGUUUUACGGUCUACAUUGUUUACUAUUCUUGCAAACAACAAACAAACAUCCCAACGUACAGAAAAAGGGUAUCUCCCCUUACUAAACAUCUUUUCCCCCGCCGAGUCCAUUUCCCCUUCCCCAUUUUAUCCUUCUUAUGAUGGAUGGGAAAGGGGAAAGGACUGAAAUUUGUUCUCCAGCAUCCACACUUAUUAAACUAAACGAAUUACUUCCACUUUACGCCUGUCUUCAGUCUGGUGAUCGACAUCCAAAUUACCAUUAAUCGUAUUACAAGCACAUUUAUGCUAAAAACGUGAUAUAUUUCGUUACUGAUGAAAAUCAUCGUCUAAAAGGACAUUUGGACAUAGUCUGAUUUAUGUAAGUCACGAAUGUUGAGUCGCGAAGACAUUGGCGUAUACAGGCUCUUAGACUAAACAUCUUUGCAUGUUGUAUAUCAGUUUCGAUUCAUAUUUAUUGCCAUGCCCAACGUUCCCCUUAAAUUGUGCCAGCUUGUAACAGGGACUAAUCAAAAUCAAUACUCACCCUUCCGUAUCACAACCCAAAAAUAACCUACAAAGAAAAGUUUCACAUUUCCUAUGGAACAAACUUCUUUGCGUAUAUUGGAAAUGUACGUUUUUUUUAAUUCGGCGCUUGCGAACUCGCGUGCUACCAAUAAUCAUAAAAAACAAUCAAUUUUUUUUGAAUUAACUUUAAUUAUAAAUCAAUUCGUGUUACAAAGUCUACUGAUAUAUUCCAUAAUUCUUAAAUAUAUUUGCACUAUUAUCUAAAUUACUAUGCAGAAAUUAAUAGUGCAAAUCUAUAUGUUUUUAAUACAUACAUACGCAUAUUAAUAUAAUAUCUCUAAUGAGAAAAAAUACAACAGCAGUUUUGUGCAUGAAAAGUAAUUGUUUAUGGAGGUUACAAUAAAAAAUAAAUUCUUAUAUUGAUAACCACUAAGUUAAUGUUUUUGAGUUUAACAUAGCUUUUUUCAUGAUUUUUUUAUUUUAAUAUCCGAACCAGUAAUUAUUAUUUCUGACAGCUUUUACCCCUAAAUAAAAUACUCACAAAUCUUUGCACAAGGUGCUUUGUAUGAGAGAAUCCAAAAAUAAUAUUUAGUUGCAUAAGUAAAUGAGAAAAAA